GCCAACGGGGCUGCAGCACCGAGCCUGUCAAACACAACCAACACAGCCAACAUGGCGGACUGGGACGCUGACACCUUCGAGCCGGAGGAGCCGAUUAAAAAGGCGCCAGUGCUGGACAAAUGGGAAGGCGAAGACGAAGAGGAGGAUGUUAAGGACAACUGGGACGAUGAAGAAGAAGAGGAGGCCAAAAAUGCAGGUCAAGAGGUGAAGAAAACAGAGACAAAAGUUUCUGAAAAGAAAAAGCUGAUGGAAAAGAUCAAAGAGAAAGAAAACCGGUUAAAGAAGAAACAACAGGAGUUGAAGGAGAAGGAGUUACAGGAACAGGCAGCUCUCACUCCUGAAGAACAACUUGCUGAAAAGUUAAGAGUGCAGAAAUUACAGGAAGCUGCAGACCUGGAGUUAGCAAAAGAUGCUUUUGGUGUCUCUUCCAGUACUUCAAACAGUGUCUCUGGGAUCGAUGCCAUGUCUCCAUCUUCCAAAGAAGACUUCACAGAGUUUGAAAAGUUGCUGAAGGAGAAGAUAUCCCAGUUUGAGAAAUCUGUGCAUUAUUCGAGUUUCUUGGAUUCGUUGUUUCGGGAACUUUGUAUUUCAUUGGAAGUAGAGGACUUGAAGAAAAUCAGUAAUUCCCUGGCAGUCCUACUUAGUGAAAAACAGAAACAAGAAAAACAAAACAAAGGAAAGAAAAAGAAGAAAGGCGUCGUACCCGGCGGCGGAUUGAAAGCACAGCUGAGAGACGACCUUGACUAUGCAGAGUUCGACGGUGGAUACGCCCAGGAUUACGAGGACUUCAUGUGACACUGGCUCCAUCGCCACGGCCCUUUCCCCCUCCCGACCCUCAGAAAUGCAGCUGUACCUUCUCAUGCUGUCCAGUGCCAUCCUGGAAAAUACGAACUAUGUGUUGCCCCCUUCAUUUUGCUUCACUGACCAGAGGGACUAUUACCAGGGAGCACCCAGUCUCGCCCCCACUCUUUCUGACCAUACCUACGAAAAUUGCCUUUUCUCUCUCUCAUUCAACCUCGACUUUAGCUCUCUCACACACAAACACACACACAAAUCAUGCGGCAUCUGUUGCUUGACCCGUCUUCAAUGGAGAAUACAUCUUUAACUGCUGUUGUCUGAGUUUCGCAGGGCUCAUUUUCUUUUUUUAUUAAAUGUUGCUCCUGUCAAAAUGGCAGAUACAGUAUUGCAGUUACAAGUGUAGUGACAUAGAAACACAUGGUUCUAUGCAAAUUCUUUCACCGGAAUGUCAUGUAUAUAUAUUAUAGGUCUCACUUACCUGUGGAUGGUUUUCUUACAGGAAAGUGUAUAUAGUAUCUAUAACUUUGGUUGCCAAAAUGCAGAACAGUUUAUUCAGAACAUCUAUUCAUCUAUCUCUGGAAAGGUUGCAUUGUGGGUGGAUUUUGAGACUGACGCAACAUGUAAGUAGUAGUUGUAAUUUUACAGAGAGCACAUGACAUUCACUGUAAGAUAAAAGGGAUAGACAAGUAUAAUAAAUGUGACUUUAAAACCUCACAGCCAUUCUCUUGAUACAUCUCUGGAAUAUCCUUGAAAAUGUGGAGCAAAGAGUGCUUAUAGGUAUUUUUUGUGCAUGACGACAAGGUAAUUUACUAAUUUGAUAUCUACUAAUGCGGAAAAAAAAAAAAAAAAUAAGGAAUUGGAUCAGGCAAGUGGAUUAACUUGCUACAACUGGUCUCCUAAUCAUUGCUUCUGCAGGCUUGUAUCAAGUGUGAUGAGGAGCGGGGGGGAUUAUGGGCUUCACCCCACCAUUGUCUUCAUAUGGGCUACAGUUUAAAGGGGGCGAUCUUUCUCCUUUUCUAGCAAUUGACCAGUUUCAUUGUUACAUGGGCAAUUGGUAUGCAUUACAAUGUGGAAAGAUACAGCAUCUGCAGUGUUUUAUAAACAUCUAAUUUAAUAAAUCACUGGUCAAAAGGA